AUGACUCAGAAACUGCCUUCCUCCAGUCGGACAGAUACCAUGGUAUCUGUCCGACUGGACGGUCUCAUCAAUCUUCUCCAGUGUCUUUCCCUCGACGAUCAAAAGACACUAUCUCAGGCCUUAGACAUUGGCACGGACACGGGCACCGAUGGUGAUACAUCCAAUGAUAACAUCACCGUCAGAAUGGGCCUGGGCCCUGCCGCUGGCAGCACCGAAAUGGCAUUGGCUGCUCUUCCCGCUGUCUCUGAUGACCCCCCUGCUACAACCAUUGACAGUCCCAGGGAAGCUGCACCAGUUGCUUCUCCUGGCGCAGCUGCUGCCCAUAGGCAUGUCACUGUCUAUGUCGAUUACGAGGAAAACGACUCCUCUGAUGACGAAGAUGCGGCUGCUGCAGCUGCUGCACUUGCGAAUGAUUCCACAUUGAUUCAUUACCGCGAUACCUACUUCAAUGUCCCAGUUGAUGCCACCCCGCCGCUCUAUUAUGUGACUCGAGGUCGCUACAUCGGCAUCUUUUCAGGCUGGGAUGCAACCGGUCCCAAAGUGCUCGGUGUCUCUCGAGCCAUCUACCACAAGGUGGAUUCCAUCGAGCAAGGGAUAAACAUCGUGAAGGGUGCAAUUGAUCGCGCUGAGGAGAAAAUUGAAGCUGCACGCCGAUCCCGGAAAGCCUAUUAUGCUCGUAACCGUGAGGAGAUCCGUAUCAAAUAUCAAAACAAAUCAAAUUCAAAGGCCUUGGACAAUACCAGUAGCCUCAAACCGGCGCGCUCAGUACGAGAUGCACACAACAAACGCAAAAACAAAUGGGCAAGGCAAUGCGAUGACAUCGAUGCCAGCCUGCAGGUCCUUAUUGGGUCAUCGUCAAGCACAGCAUUGGUUGAGGGCCUUUGUGAGCUCUUCAUAGCAAACCCGGAUAAGCCAGAUUCGUUGGACGUCCUGCGGUCUGCUCACAAUGGGUUGGAAGACCUCCUUAUGCGUGCGCAAACUGUAGAAAACGAUGUUCUUGAGGAAUGUGGGACAGGGCAGGACCUCAGUCGGGCACAUAGUUCUGUGUCUCAUAUGGCGCCGCGUACAUGGCUGACGCAGGAGGAACUGGCCUUCAUCGCAACUUUUGAGGAUGAUUACCUCGAAUGCCAAAAGAAGGGGAACUAUACCACUUUUUGGCAACCCUUCUUCGAACAAUGGGAGGAACGAUGGCCCGCGAGGGCUUCCUUGUUUCCAGGUAUUCCUAUGGAUCAAGUUCUCACCGCGGCUCAAUUAGAGGAGAACGAAAAAUUCAAAGCCGCACUUCAGAAGCGCCUGACGGUCAAAUUCCGUAAUGAUUAUGGUAAUUCAAAGCCUGGCCGCAAAGCGGCUGCAGCGGGCAAUUCGGCUGUCCACAAACUUCUCAGCAAUAUCGUUAAGGGACCCACAGCUGGUCGGAAACGUCCUCUCAAGGAAAGCGAAGUCUACGCUAAAAAGUAUUAUACUACUCGAGUCCAGGCCAGCGUUAAAGAUGAGCUAAAAGCCAUCAAAGAACAACCUGACGUCCCCGAUCCCAAGAAGACGAACCUUCGGGUGAUCCGAAAGCAUGUUGACCGCUGCUGGGAGAAUGAGUCCGUUGAGGUGAAAGAGGAAAUCUCUCAACUUACGAGAGAGAUGAGGGAAGCAGCGCGCGAGGCGGCGAAGGGGAGGAAAUCAUCUGAGGUGACCAAUGAUCUAAUUAUACCGAGACUUACAGAAAUUCUCUCAACUUUCUUCGGAGAGCUUCAUGAGGCCACAGGAUGGACAUUCAGCGUCCUCCUCGGUGGCCCUGACCCAUCAAAUGGGGGUGCGAUUGAUGUCAGCAGCUUACAUGUAGGGUCAACGAAACUCGGUAAUCGAUUUAACCACGCGUUUUCUAACGAUAAUGUUAUGCUGCCCUACUACGAGUUUGUGUCUCAUGUUUUCCCUGAAGCUGGGACUUCAAAUAAAACACCCGCUCCAGACGAUAUGCUUACAAACGAUGAUCCUCCAAUGCCUAUGCCUGUAGCGCCUGAUACAUUACAUGGUUCAAACCCCACAUCCCAAGAGGCAGACUUGGCACCUAUCUUGGCACCUAUCUUCCCUCCCACGCACUUAGCGCAAGAAGAGAAUUUCUUCCAACACCUGCCCCCCGCUCCUCAAGACAAUGAGAUCAACCAAGAGCUGGAUAGGCCCAUCAUCCCCAUGCCAGAGGGCUAUGUACCCUUCUGUCCACCACCGCUAGCGCCACUCACUUUGGACCCUAUGUCUUCCCCCACCGCAUUUCUUAAUCUGGAUUCAAAUCUCGAGAGUUUUGACGAUGCCCUCAAAUCCAUGCAGUUCCAGAACACCACCACGGGAUUGGUCUGUUCUCCUCCCCACCUUCGUUAUCAGUUCGACAAUUUCAUUAGAUUCUCGUCGCCUAGCACCACGUCUUCCACCACACCCACCAUCACACCCUCUCCAGCUGCACCCACAACUACCAUACCCAUCACCACAUCCUCAGUAGCUGCACCCACGACUCCUGUGACACUGGGAACAAGGCCUUCGCAGCUUAUUUCUGGGGUGGGACUUGAUGCUCAAAACCCCAGCAACGUUGUAGAUGAACGUCCGGCAAAGCGCCAGAAACGGGCUCAAUGCACACGUGCAGGAGAGACAGAUCCGCUACAGGCUGUCUCCUCCAGCCGAGGGAAACAACAAAGAUUCCAGUCCACUCGAGCUGCUGCCGCCAAUGCGAUUGGUUAA